AUGAAUGUAGCUACCGUCGUAAUGUUGCUUUCCUUCUGUGCAACUUUGGCGUUACCUGGUAAGUGUAACUAUACUUUGUAUGCCCUUGGUACUUCUGACGACUGGGGAAGGAACCGAGCUGAGUUUCCUUUCUUUCUUGAUGGGAAGUGUUGACCUUUCUUUGUUUUCUUUCAUCCAUUUUUAUUCCAGUGCCAAUAGAUAAAAGUGAUCAAGGCAGAGUAGAAAGAACGGUAAGUUAUGCAUGCCUUAAAAACAUCACUUUAUGAAUCACUACUCGUAGAUAAUCUUGGCCGGACCGCAGGAACAGGAACAUAAAAGGAAGGCUUAUGGCGUGACUUCAAUGGGCCGGGAAGAAAUUGGUUAAUAUGUUUUGCUUGUUUGCUCUUAAAGGAGAGGAAAGUGCAGAAAAGGGUUUCUGAUGGGUAAUCAGCGUGAAAAAUAGAUUUAAAAAUUGGUUUCACGGCAUUACGAGCUAAAAAAGCACGGACAUGUUUGAGUUCAAUAUCGAGGACGUCUGUAGAUUAGGAAAUGUUUGUCGUGAGUACUCUCACUGAUAGCUUCAAAAUCUAGAGGAGUAUUUAACAAAGAUUCGAGGGACACUAUCCAGUAUUUGUGAAAACUAUUUCCAUGUUUCUGCGCGAAACAAUACGUACUUGUCUUUUGGGAAUCGGCUCUUAUUGCGUGAAGGCAUGCUAAGUAACUCGGAUUGUCAUGUUAACCUUUAAAAGUUAAAAAAAGCUUAACAGCAAUUUAAUAUGUUAUCUGGCAGCAAUAUACCCUUACUCGAGCUCUCGAUUUCGUACUGGUUCUAAGGAAUUUUUAAGGCAUUUGCUCAAGCAGUAGAAAGAUAAUUCGAAAACUAUCUACUUAUUACAGCCCACAACACGAAUGAUUUCAUGCAUGUGGUUAAUGUUACGUUCCUGAAGCAUCCUGUAACGCUGAAAUGGGGUCAUUUCCUUGUUGUCGUGUGAUCUCGUAAGUGGAGGUCGAUGCACCAAUGGAGUCUAGAAUUGCAAAAUUGCUGAAAGAGGGUUAAAUAUUUUUUCUCUUCUCCGUUUAAAGUUUCAAGAGAGACAUAUUGUGUGUACGCUAACCAUAUUAUUAAUCAAGAGAGGAUAAAGGAGUGUCUUCUUUCGCAUCACUAUUGUCCCUUAUGUGUAACUUGACCAAAUGCAACUUGGCACGACCGCCUCCACUUCGGCAAAUAGCGUUUCUUCACACAGGCGUGUUAUGUGGUUAUGUAGACUUAAAAGUAUCCCCCGUCAUCUAGCCUUCCGAUAUUUAAAACCACCCCCGGGCUCCCACCCCCACCCCAUCCCCCUUAAAACUGCGAUCAUGUCCUCCCUUGUCCUUCCAUGCCCAGAUAUGGCUCUCUUAAAAUGAUCGUCUGCAGGAUCGGUUGUUUUAACCCUUUAGGUGCCAAUAGUGACCAAAAUCAAUUUUCCCCUAACAAUAUCCAUACACUGUCUAGAGAUAAAUUAUGAGAAUUAAUAAAGUGAUUACCCAAGAAAAAAUGCCUUGAUCUUUUAUCAAAUUCUCUCAACUCAUUCUUUAAGGAAAUGUAUGGAGAUCAGUUUGGAGAACUUGUAUGUGGAUACUGGGGCUUAAAGGAUUAAUGGCUCCUUAUGCAGCCUCUCCCUCCCACCCUUCCUCACAAUCCUCCUGGAGAUACUACUAGAAUUUGAAAAUUUUUUUUAAAAUGCCAUGGUCAACGUUAGAUUGUAUUAUUGUUCAUUGGAUUGGUUGUUAUAAAAUGAUUUAUUUGGUAAGUCUGUUGAUAUCCUAAUUUUUCCCCUCUGUUUUAUCAUUCACUGAUUUCCCCGUUUGGUCUGAAAAAAUCCCCCAGAGCUUGGCUUUCUCACGGACCUUCUUUUCUGGUCUUUAGUUCUCCAUCUUUUUCUUGCCCUUAGCCAAGUGUCAUUUUCUGUUUGUAAUUUGUGCUUACUUUAGAACCUUGUGUUAUGUAUUGCAGAUUUCUGUCGAGGAACUGGAAUCUGAGGUCAGUGAUGCAUAAUAAUAAUAAUAAUAAUAAUAAUAAUAAUAAUAAUAAUAAUAAUAAUAAUAAUAAUAAUAAUCCAUAACAACAACAAAAAAAAAAAAAAAAAAAAAAAGAAAAAGUUAUUAAAAUACAAUAAAAAUAAAAUAAAACUAAUUUUAUAUAAUAAUAAUAAUAAUAAUAAUAAUAAUAAUAAUAAUAAUAAUAAUAAUAAUCCGUCACGACAGCAAAAAAAAAAAAGGGGAUAAAGAAAUUGGUUUUUAAAAUGUUAUUAGAAAAAAAUUUGCCAUUGUAUUUUUUUUUUCUAAAAAAUUAUAAAUUAGACUUUUAUACAAAAAAUUUUUAAUCAUAAUAUUUAAAAACAGAUUUAUUUUUCUAAAAUAAAUAUAAAAAAAAUAAAAAAAAUAAUAAAAAUAAUAAAACUAAAAAAAAACAUAAUAAUAACAAUAACGAUACGUCAAUACAAGUUAAAAAAAAAAGGCUUGUAUGGACUUGGUUUUUAACAUGCUGUUAGGCUAAAAUUUGCCGAUGUACUUUGAUUCUCUACAAGAGUAUACAAUAGACCUUUAUACAAGAACCUGUUUAGCCUAAUAUUUGAAACCAGUUCUUCUUUUCUAAAAUAGAUAUCAAAAAAAUCAAUAAUAAUAAAAAUGUCAAUACACCUGGGCAAAUAAGACACGUGUAAGUCAACAUCCUCUUUGCAGACAUAGAUGCCUAAAUAUCACUCCAACUGCGAUGUAAUGAUAUGCAGAUUUUAUAUAAGGAAUAAGCUGAAUAUCACCAGAUACCUUUACCUACAGUGUAUUUUAGGCUAUUUAGCUUGCGCUAACUACCAUUUAUGUAAGAACCUGUUAAUAGGCUAACUUGGGAAAAAGCAGGUUCUUACUCGCGGCUUUUUACUAACUGCAUGCACGUGUACUUGUAGAUAGGAAGUUAUCUGUCAAAAGUAAUCCCACUCGUUUGUUUCCAGAUUAAAUUCUGUUUCUAGAUUUCUUUUUUAGCCUUAGAGGUUCAGCUGUAUGUCCAUUUAAUUCUAAGUUUAUAUUUAGAUCACAUACAAAAAGACUAAGAAAAAAACGUCAGACAAGGUAUCAAAUAAAAAAGCAAUAUAAAAUACGUAGAGAGAAACGGAUGGAUAGAUGAUAUAAAAGUUUCUUUGGAUGAUUAAAAUUAGUCAUGAUGCUAAGCACUAACAACACUUAACACUAAAAAGUCAUGUAGAUGUUUGUUAAAUCUUGCUUUUUAUAAUUAUCCUUUUGAGAAUUAUUCUUUGAAGAAAAGGUCAAACCUAUGUCACUUACAAGACGACCUGACUAACUGGUUUUUGAUUUCUUCGUUAUCAAAUCAGUUGGAAGAGAUCGAGGACCAUGUUGACGCUGUUAGAAAGAAGGUGAAAGAGACAGCAACAGCAAGCAAGGGACCAUCCACAGGUGAGCGGGCUACAUAUUUUCAGUCUCUCAAAGUCCUAUUGAAAAGACACUAAAACAAUACCACCACUACCACCACCACUACCACAGACCUUCAGCGGCGGAUCCAAGUCGCUUCUUGUGGUGCAGAGGGGUGGGUCUCAAUGGAGUGGUAGCUUUGACGGUUGUCGGUUAAUUUUUUCCAAUUUUCACGGUUGACGAUUAAAUUUUAGAGCUUUUGACGGUUGACGGUUCAGUAUAUUAAGUGGAAAUUUAGUACAAACGUUAAUUAAGAGUAAAUAUUAACUUCUGUAUGAAUUAAUAUCAACUGUCACCGGUUGUGUUUUGGAGGUUGUCUUGGCCUAAUUCACUUACAAAAUUUCAAAAUAUUUUUUUACAAUUAGGUUGUAAUGUCUAGAAAGAGUGUUUUUGAGAACAUAGGAACUGUUUUUUUCAGUUUAUAGAUUUUUCAGGAGACACAAUCCCGUGAAGGCCAGAUGAAAUAGUGAGAUUCGAAAUACCUCGAAACUUUUCCGACUUUUACGGUCAAUCUUAAUCUGCAUUUUUAACAGUUGACAUUAAAAAAACCUUUUUUUUGACGAUUGAAGGUCAAUUUUUAGGCUGCUUGACGGCUGACGGUUAACCCCAUUGAGACCCUCAGACAAGGACCUUUUCCCUGAUACAAAUUGCAAGUAGAAUAAUACGACCUUGAAGAAAACUCUAAAAUGGUGAAUUUGAUUUUUCUUUAUAUACAUAUUUCCCCCAGUGUUCUUGCUGUAAGGAUCAGUUUACUGAUUUUCUACUUGGUUGUCCAUCUUCUUUACUGAUCCUGGUCUACUCAAGAUCCGUCUAUCGUCGCUUAUUUGUUGUUGUGGUUUUGCUUCUACACUCAAACCCCGCUUAACGUAGACCCGCUUAAUACGGACACCCCAUUAUUACGGACAGUUUGCUUUGUCCCUGGGGAAAGCCCUUACGUUUUCUCUCAAUAAGGACCCGGGGAUGGGGGGGGGGGGGGGCAUAAAAAGUGUCCGUAUCACCCGGGGGUGGGUAGGGGCGGUUUGACGGGAGUUAGGUUUUUAUAUUUCAAAUUUUUGCCUUGUGUUUUUUUUUUAGACGCAAAAAGCUUAUUUUUUUUCUUUAAAACUCUUUUUUUUAAUGAAAACACCCCCGGACGGCACACAGAAUGGACACCCUUUUUGUGUGCUAUUGGUCUGUCGCCCGGGAGUGGGCCUUUUGUUUUUCCAAGGAGAGGGGCGGGGGGGGGGGGCGGGGGGGGGGGGCAUAGAAAGUGUCCGUAUCAACCGGGUGUUCGUAAAGUGCGGUUUGACUGUAGUUAAGGUUUUAUCAUUCUAAAUUUUGCCUUGUGUUUUUAUGUUAGACUGCAAAACAGUCGUUUUUUCCUAUAAAACUCGCUUUUUCAACGCAAAAACCGCCGGUGCGGCAACAGAAGUGGCACAUACGUGCCGCUCUUCAGUCUCAUUUACUGUUUUCAGCCUUUCUCCAGACCUUUCGUUUGACUGUUCGUGCGUAGUUGACUAUGUAAAAAUAAGGAUUUUUUUGCAGCCUAUUUUGUUUCACCCAUUCGAAACAAUGCGUUUUAAAUCAAACGACGUAAACGACGACGAUGGAAAUGAUCGACAAAUAAUGUUGCCGAGCAGCACCGAAGAGUCACCGAAGUGAUGGUUGGAUGAGCAUACAGUCCAAGUAAGAAGAGACAACAAAUAAUUGAUCAAAGAUGGCUAACAACGUUCCCAGCAAUGCGGCCUGGCUCGUUCGAUUUGUUCAGUACGCUCUUUUCUAUUCAUAUACCCUAAGACUCACUGAUGUCACUUUGUUUUGUCUUUCUUUUAGACAUUUUUUCCACACCUUCCGCUGAGACAACCGUUCCAAUCAAUGAGAAAAUUGAGAUUACUACACCGACCCUGAAACCGACAAACCAAACCAUCAGCACAAUUUCUCCAACACUAACUGGAAGUAAUAGUACCGUGGUAAAAAUCCAGGUUGAAAAACUUCAACCAGAAGUUGUUGUCAAAGAGAACAAAGGCGAGGAGAAAAGUAAAAUCGAAAUUAAGGUAGAAAAACUGACCCCUUCUGGGAAGGAUGAGAUUCAAGUGGAAAAAGUAACACCAGCGCCAAGCGAGGCAGGAGAAAAUACUGGAGAUACUGUUUCAGUAGAGAAGGUAUCUGCAGGGGAGGAAACGAAGCAGGACGUAGCGGAAGAAAGCAUCAGAGGCAAAAUACAGGUAACAAAAAUAGCUACAGGAAGCGCGCCUGUGGAGAAAGUUGAUGAAAUUUCCGUAGAAAAAGUGCAAAUAGAACAGAAAGAGGAGCAAAAAGAGGAGGAAAAGGGAGCGUCAGCUGAAAGCGUAGUUGUAGAAGAAGUAGAGAGGAAGAAAGAGAGUGAAGAAAAGCCUCCGGCUCAUAUCUCAGUGAAGAAGACAGCAAAUGACGAAGAACUUGAUCUCGAAGUCGAAGGAAUAAGAAAGAACAAACCUUAUAUUUCAGUUGAGAAGAUUUCCCCUGAUGACAGGCAAACAAACGUCAAGAAAAAAGAAACGUCUAAAAAAAGCAUUGUAGUGGAAAAGAUAAACGAGGAAGAAAAUAAAAAGGAAACGAAGCCUCUCAUUCAGAUUUCGGUUGAAAAGAUGAAAAAUGAAGAGGAUCUUGAUUUGGCAAUUGGAAACACAAAGAAAAGCAACAAUAAAGAAACGGUUAUUUCAGUUGAAGAGGUUUCUCCGACUGAGAAAGCUACAGAAGUAAAAGUUAAAUUGACUCCCACUACAGUCAGUGUAGAGGUCGAGAAAGUAAAUGAAGUUGAAGAAGACAAUAGGCCUCAUGAGAUCACUGCUAAAAAGGUGCAAAACGAUGACGAUGAAGGCCAAGGAAAAGAGACAGAAGAAAGUGAGGAGGAAGAUCUCGAGAAAGCUGCAGUAGGCAAAGGAAACACAAAGAGUGAGAAGGCCAAGCAAGCUCUAGUCAAGGAAGAAAAGAAGAAAACUAACACAAUUUCUGUUCAGGUGACAGAACAAAAGGCCUCAAAUGACGAAUCGGAAGAAAAAAGCCUGAAUCUUGAAAGAAGAGACAUGAUAAACAAUGAGAAGGAAAAGGAAGACAAGUCGGUGGUGAAAAAGUCUGAGGAAAAUGUUAAGGUCGCUGUGAAGAAAGUUGAUCUUGUACAACCGCGUAUAAAAACCGGAAGCAGAAACAAUCAGGAUAUUAAGCAGGAAGCUGCGGAAGAAGAAGAUCUUCAGAUGAAGCCGCAAAUGGAAACAUCACCUGCUGAGAGUGACAAGGCACAAUCUAAAAAAGUUGAAAAGGUCCAAUCCGCCACACCUUCCGAUGAGGACGUACUUGAUGACGCCAAUGACAACCGAGAUGAAGAAAAAGAGUUGGAAGAUGAACAGGAAGUGCUAACGGAAAAGGAAACACCAGAGGAAAGAAAAAUUGCACAAGCAUUUGACAAGGCUCUUGACAAGGAAAGGAACAAAGCAAGGAACAUGAAGACUGAAGCUCCCACGACCCAUUCUUCCAUUCCUACAACAAAAAAGCAGUCAACGAAAACUCGAGAAACGGGACCGCAAAAAGAAAGGGUCAAGCCUUCUUCAAAAGCCAAAUCAAAAGGAGAUUUGUCCAUUGAAGAACUUGAGUUAGCUGCUUUGGCUGAAAAAACGCUCAAUGAAGACGACACAAAGGAGGCGAAAGUGUUUGUUUCCACUCAAACAUCACCCACUACUGCAGUGAAGGAAAAGAAGAAUCCGGAGGCGACAGUGGCAGUGACGAAGGAAACAACGAAACCCCUGUUGAGUGGGAAGGAAACAGCCAAAGAGGAAAAGAAGCUUAAAGAAGAACUGGCCAUAGAAACGAAACUGGAAAAAACUGGGGUAAGCGUAAAGAGUUUAAUUUGCUUCUUUAAGCUAGUUUGCGUGCACUAAAGUACAUCGAAGCUCCAUGCCAAGGGAAGGAGCAAUACUUGAGAUUUAAACAAUAGUUGAGGCAGAAGGCUAGGCUAGCAUGACCACAUGGAAAUCAUGUAUAGUCCCAUCUUCAAUAGGAGACUUUUAGAAAGUGUCCUUGAUUAGAACUAUAAAGUCCUACAAAGUCCUCUACAGGGAGGCUCCGCCCGAAAGGGGUACCUUUUUCAAGUUUUUAGUAUUCAGAGGGGUAGGCAUUUCACAAGUUAAAGUACAUGAAAAAGAAGGGAGUGAUUUAGGUAUUCAAAAGGGCAUUGUAUUUUUAAAUACAACGCCCAUGCUAUAUUAAAAUAUAGCAUUUGAGCUUAUCACUGUUCUCCCGUCCCGGCCAGUGGCAUUCUAAGGGUUUAGAAUUUGAAGGGGUUACCAUUUUUAAAUGAAGGUAUAGAAUAGGGUAUCUUUUUUUUUAGAAAAGAGGGUAUAUUUAACUGUAAGGGGUUUUUCAUCGGGGCGUACCUAUAGCCUUCUCGAACAAAACUUUGGUGAGUAACCUCCGCACCUGCCGCGAUAUAUACUUGCUUAAAGUUAAUAUUUAAACCUGUCAUCCCUGAAUUGUAAAGAUGCAGUAUGGCUCUAGCUUUUGAGCGUUUGGUCGAAACCAGCUGGUGCUUUCGAUUAGGGUGUCAAUGGGGUUAACUGUCAACCGUCAAAAAAGGUUAUUUUUUAUGGUCAAUUGUCAGAACUGCAGAUUAAGAUUGACCGUCAAAAAAGCUCAAAAAGUUUCAAUGCAUUUCAAAUCUCUCUAUUUCAGCUGGUCUUCACGGGAUUGUGUCUCCUGAAAAAUUUAUAAACUGGAAAAAACCAGUUCCUAUGUUCUCAAAAACACUCUUUCUAGACAUUACAACCUGCUUAUUGUGAAAAUAUUUUGAAAUUUUAUGCGUGGAAGGCCAAGGCAACUUUUAAAACACAACAGUUAAUAUUAAUUCAUACAGAAGUUAAUAUUUACUUUAACGUUCGGGUUAAAUUUCCACUUACUAACAUUCAACCGUCAAAAGUUCUAAAAAUUUAACCAUUAACCGUCAAAAUCGGUGAAAAUUGACCGUCAACUCACCACCCUAUUGAGACCCUCUUUGAAUGACCCCUAUCCCGCUGCGAUUUCCCCUUUCCUUGAUAAAGCAUCCCGUAGAUGCCCACGAAACUUAAAUUUCUUGAAUUUCGACAGAGCAUUAUUAGGAGUUUAAGCCACUUUGUACUGCAGAAUAGUUUCACCUUCACUUAUUGUCUUGUUUUUGUUUUUUUUCAAUAGCACCCGCCACUCAUUGAGGUCGCGAAAAUCACAGAAAAACCCAGCAUGGAACCAACAACUGAAAUAGUCGAGGAAGAUCCCGACAUGAAUCAUAACAAGGAAAUUACUAACAAUGAAACAAAGAAAGAACCUGUACCGGCAGGGCAGGAUAGCGAGGACGAGCAAGAAAGACAGCUGGAGAAUUAGAUACUACAGUAAUAAUGCAUUCUUGUAAGUUGCUGUAAGUCGCUUGAAAUGGUUUUGAACAAUUUUGAAGUUUGCCAGUAGAACAUUAGAGAUUUUUUACAUAUCGGACAUAAAAAUGGUAAAGUUAGCUAGGUGUGUUUUGUGAAGAAAACCUAAUGAUGAAACCUUGUGUGGUCCGGCUUUCAUACAAAUAUAUAAAAUGUAAUAAUUUUUCUUCUUACUCGAAUAGUUUGCGUAUGUCUAGCGCCCCCCCCCCCCCCCCCCUCCCCUCUCCCCACUUUACGAGAAAAAAGUAGAGAACGCGACGUUACACUUUCAUGUUAACUCAAAAAAGUAGCAAUAAACGGUCUAGAAAAAUAUAAUGGUUUGGUUGGUCAAAUUAUGGCAACUUUUUAGCUUAGCUUCUUUAGUUUCUGUCGGAAAAAUGGUAAACUGAAGAGCCACUAUGUAACCGCCAAAUACAGCGUUUUUCUCGACACCUUGUCCACUGGCAGAUUUUCAUUUCUCUAUAUGUCAGCUUAAGUGAUUAUAUUAUGGUAAAUGCAGGAUACACUUCUUUUCUCCACAAAAUUGACAUUUCCAUGUGGGUUAAGUUAUAUCUCUCCUAGUCCACAGUCUAAAAGAAGGUUUUACGAAAUAACUGACGUAGGAUUGGCUAAUAUGUUAAACCUUAUAUGGAAGCAUGUCGAAAAAUAAAAGAAAACGAAGAAUC